UUGGUUUCCUAGGCAGCCUGGUCCGUCCACAGACAGGGAUUGUGACGCACUUCCUGUAGCGGAUCCUUCCCAGGGGUCGGCUGACUGCGAUUUUAGUCCUGAGUUUGAUUAUUUCUUGCCAUCUAAUCUCCUUGGAUAUGAUUACUCUUUGUGUUCGAGAGCUUUCAUUUGUGAUUAUUUCAGGAGCGGUGCAGCUAGAUAUUGAAGUAGAUCUAUCCCCAGGUUUACAAGGAUUCCCCACCCUGAUUUCAACAGUGGCUGUUCAAGUUUACAUUUCUACCAGUGGACAAGGAUUCUUCUAACUCCACAUCCUCAACAGGCUGAGUUCAAUAUAAGAUUUGUUGGUUCAGUUCCCGGGUUCCUCUCUCUGGCAAGAUGACAACAUCUGAAGAGGAGCUGCAGCAGCUGAGACUCCCGGACCUGCUGGAAACUGGAAGGCAACUUCUGGAGGAGGUGGAAGCCUCAACCCAACCCACAGGCUCCAAGCCAAUGCAGGAUAAGGUGAGGAGGGCUUUGGAACUCCUGGAGAAGGCCUCAGACAUGUUAUCAGAGCUCGAUCCAUUCAGCCAGAAUGAAGAUUGGGAGGAGAUUGCUUCCCCUGACCUCAAGUACCUGAUGCUCCCAGCCCUGAAAGGCGCGCUCACACUGAACCUGGUGGGCAACAAGGACCGUUUCGACUACCUGCUGGAGGCUCGAGAGCACUUCAAGAACUUCCUAACCCAGAGCCACAACUACCAUGUGGCCGAUUUUGAGCUGCCCUGGGAACAGAGCAGCUCACCAGAAUGCAACCCAACCACUUCUGAGUUCCUGGAACCCACCCUGUUUGCCAUGGCAUCCCAGAGGCAGGCCAAAAUCGACAGGUACAAGCAAAAUAAGGCGGUGGAGCAAAAGCUGUCCACUCUGAAAUCAGCAGUGGAGAGUGGUCAGGCUGACGAAGAGUGUGUGCGAGAGUAUAACCUCCUUCAGCUUCGCAGGUGGAUUAACAUCAGCUUGGACGAGAUGGAUCGCAUUGACCAGGAGAUAGAGAUUUUGAGGGAAAGAGACUACUACUCUGGUGAGACAUCGGCUUCCCGCGUGCCUUUUCAGAAGAGGCCUUCAAGAAGACCUUUCAUCCUCACACGGAGCGCUGCCCAAGCACAAAUCUUUGGAGCUGGGUACCCAAGUAUGGCGACUAUGACGGUGAACGACUGGUAUGAGCAGCAUCAGAAAUGUACGGAUUUACCAUCAGGUCAGGAAGUCGAAAAGGAAGCAUCACCACCUGAAUCCCAUAGAGCAUCUCAGAAAGAAGAGAAGGAGCAGGAGCAAAAGGAAGAAGAGGAAGAUGAAGACGCCCGCCACAGAAUGCAGCAGUGGGAUGACUGGAAGGAUGCCCAUCCUAGGGGCUAUGGCAACCGACAGAACAUGGGCUAACCUCCCCUAAGUGUGAAAGGACAAUGGGUCCCCACACAAAGAUUACCCUGCUCUCUUCCUUUCCUUGGGUCUCUGCUCCAAAGGUGUGCAACAAAGCUAAAGAUACUGACUCUUGCUUCACAUUCAAUGAAGUACCACUAUCAAGUUUGAUUUGCACCCUAGUUAAUGUCCAGAACUCUCAUUUAGGCAUUAUUCUCACCAUGGUGUAUUGAAGUUUCUUAAGUGAAUAGAAAGGAUGUUGAGAGAUGACUGUGCAAUCACUGACUGCGUGAUUUCUCUUCAAAACAUAAAAUUCAUUUCUUCUUGAAAAAAUAUAUAUUCAGAGAGAACAUUAACAUAAGUUUCAUUAAAGUGUUUAAAAUUAUUGUUAGUAUCUGGACAAGACAUAAAUUAAACCACUAUGGCUAUGUGCAUUUUGGGACAUAUACAGUAUACGUAAGAUUGGAUCAUACCUAGGUGCAGCUGUUUUAGAACAACAAAUUGAAAAACCCACAGGAGGAUGUUACAAAUGGACUGAUGAAUCUGGGGAAAGACUGACAAACACUCAAAUGUCUUUGUUUUGGUUCUGAUAGAACGUAAGUUGCAUGAACUUACAGAACAGCCACCUUCUUUGGUUAUGGAAUGUCUAGAAUCUUCUAAAAAAGAGUUUAUGUGAAGGUGGGAGUUUCAUCAUUAUUUGCUGAGAUUUAAAUAUGGCUUUUUAAAUGUCUUACAUUUACAUUAGAAAUAGCUUCUGGAAAGGAGAGUGGAAAUAUAACAAUAUUUAUCGAAUAUAAAAAUAUGGAUAUUUGACUCAGCAUUUUCACACCCAUAUGUGUAGAAAGUUGAUUUACACAAACAUAUAAUAUGGUAAAGUCGUGAUGUAUUCCUUGUAAAAUCUUAAAGCUAGAAACUAUGUUUUCAUCUAAAGAGACCUGGGUAAAUGAUCUUUUUUGUAGUCAUACAAUAGAUUGUUAGUAAACUGUGAGAAUAAAAUGAUUUGGAUUUCGUAUAAGGUAACUUAGGAAUAUUUACCUACCAAUAUAUAUUUGUACAUAAGAAAAUGAGAUGAAAAAAUAAAUAAGAAUGAAACCAUCUUAAUUGUGCAAAGGGAAAUAACCAUGGACAAUAUGGUGUGAUAUAUAGGCAUCUUUUGUUACUAUUCACUCUGAAUCAUCAAUCAAACACAUGUUUAUUGUGAGUAAAGUAUUCAUUUAGUGUAUUGAUGAUGGUUACUAAUCACUGCUGUCAAUUAUGAGCAACUGCAUCCUUAAGAAAAGAAAAACAUAAAUAAAAAUAAAAUUAAAAAACAAAA